CCUCGGAAUUCCAGGAUCGGGCGCUCUCCGCGGCUCGGGCAUUUUUCCUAUGAAUUGGCCGAGACGCUCAGCGGAAAGGUCGAGGAGACCCUCUGAGCGCGGGAAUCCUCCAGGGGAGACCCCCUUCUGCCUUCCACCAAUUCCCUCGAGCGCAGCUCAGGGCUGGACUGGGAAGCCGCAGCGAAGCGAGUCCCGCCCCGCAGCAGCGCUCCUGACCGCCACCGCGACGGCGAUAAGAUAAGAGGGGCGGACCGAGGAGAGGGCAGCUACAUAAGCGACGGUGGCGUCCCGGCUCCCAGUCUGCUUCUGCCUAACGAACCACCGGCCUUCCCUCGAUCUCCUCCUGCUCUGCCGCAACCAUGGUGCUGACCGCCGAGGACCGCAGGCUGCUUCAAGCCUCCGUUGCCAAACUGGGCUGUCGCCUCGAGGACAUUGGCGCCGAUGCGCUGAACAGGUUAUUCCUAGCCUACCCGCAGACCAAGAUCUACUUCUCCCACUUUAACUUGAGUCCCGGCUCGAAGGACAUCGUCCACCAGGGAGAGAAAGUGGGCACGGCGCUAGACAGCGCCCUGAAGAACCUGGACGACAUCCGCGGCCCCCUCUCCCAGCUUAGCGACCUGCAUGCCUACAACCUCCGCGUGGACCCUGGCAACUUCGAGUUGCUGUCCAAAUGCAUCCACGUGUCUCUGGCCACUGACCUGCGCAACGAGUACACUGCCUCCACCUUCCUGGCCUGGGACAAGUUCCUCGAACAGGUGGCUGACAUCCUGUGUGAAAACUGCAGAUGAGCUGACAGGCCACCAGGCACCCUUCUUUGCCCUCUUCUAAGCUGCCUGCCUUCAGGGUGCCUCACCUGGGCUACUGAGCAAUAAAGUUGUUUUUGAAUCCCU